AUCUGCACUUCGGACCCCGCGAUAUAAGUAAAUCAUACAAAUUAAAUCUACCAUCGUCGACACGCAUGUGCCGCAAUAUUUAAAAUGUACGUGGCUUCGAAACGCGCGCACGAGCCACUCGUUUGCAUCGGUUCGCAUAUUUUCUGUCGUAAAUAUAAUAUUUAUGCAGGCGAUAUUCAUCGCCGCAUUUAAUUAAGCAUUUAGUGAAGCAAUAUCGGUCAACCGGGUAUGUGUGUGAGAAUGCCGAUUGAAUUCUACGUCUUCUGACGCGGAGUGUUCUCAACCUCGAAGUGACACAUUCUUAACCUCAAAAAUGGCGCGAAUACAGCUUUCUGCGAUUUAAUAAGGAAUUUCUUACUCUCGCGUCUGACUAAUCUGGUGACGUCAUAAAAAACGAAACUGGCCCGCACGGUGCAUCUCGCGCGUCGUUCGUGCGGACUGAAAUUUAUGUUCCGCCAGCUAUGGAGAAUCAGGUCCACUCGGAGUUAACUAUGAAGAAGGAGCGAGAGGAUGAGGAUGAGAUAAAGGAGGAGGAAGGUCGGUGCUCCGCCGAAAGCGAGAAGAGCGUCACCCCUGACGGGUCGGCGAUCGGGAUACGGCCGAAGCCUCUGAUUUGCAAGCCGGAGAACGUCAAUUGCAAGUCCGAGCCGAUCGAGACGAAAUGGGCACCAGGACACUGGGCGCCAGGAGCGUGGCAAGACGCGACCAGGACCAGCGCGUUCCAACCGUACAAGCCACCCACCCUACUCACGAAUCUGCAAAGGGGUAAUACUCAGACGCAGAUACACCAGCUCUAUGUCGGCAACGAUAUCACGUUUCACACCUUAGCAGGUCAAGGGGAACUUACGUCAGAUCAAAUACAUUCAAAUUCAGUAGAUAUGACCGAUGAAAAGGGCCUAACAGGAUUGAUGUGGGCAAGUGCUUAUGGACAAUUAGGUAGUGCCAGACAAUUGCUCAAAAGAGGAGCCAAUAUAAAUCGUUGUGGACCAAAACAACAGACCAGUCUGCAUUUAGCGGCCGCCUACGGUCAUCACGAUGUCGUCAAAUUGUUGUUAAGUCACGGUGCUGAUCCUAAUGCAUGUGAUGAGGACGGUAAUACUCCGUUAAUAUAUGGAGCAUAUUGUGAUCAUCCACACGUGUGCUAUGAAUUGUUAACAAAGGGUGCGGAUGUAACGUUUACUAAUGCCUCAAAUACAAGUGCUUAUAAAGCGGCAAUCAUGAAUAAUUCAAUGAAUGCUAAAGCGGUUAUUGAAAAUCAUUUGAUACCACAAAUUAUAAGCAAUAUAUCAAUGGAUGAAUUAUAGCGAUACUUGUACAUUAAACUAUAAUAAUUUGUAUAUAUAUAUAUAUAUAUAUAUAUAUAUAUAUAUAUUCUAUAAAUUAUAUAUAUAUAUAUUUCUAUAAAUUAUAAAUAUUAGGAAGUAGUUGUAUAUUCUCACCAUUUACUGCAAGAGAAAAAUUUAACAAAAUUCUAAUAAGAUGGCAAUUCAUAGUGUAAAUACUUCUCGAGACGAGGUACAUGAAUUUACGAAUGGAUAACAAAAUUUGAUAUAUAUAUAUUUGGUAAUAAUACAAUCCUCUGCAGGAGUUAUUGCAAUACUAAAAUAUAUGUAUUGAGUAGAAAGUAAAUAUAUGAUAAAUUGGUGUGUAUGAAUCAUAACCAAGUUUUAUCCAAUUAAAAUAGAUCUUUUUUUUUUUACAAAUAUGUAUAUAAGUAUUCGGCACCGGACAGCUAUUAAAGAGCAUAUUAAAUUUAUACAUGUACAUAAAUGUAGUAAACGACAUAUAUCAAUGUUCAAUGUAAGGAAUGGCUAUAUGGCAAUAAAACAAAAAUUCAAAUAGCA